AUGCCCAUCCCCGUCCCGCUCUCGUCGUACGAGCACGUCCCUGAGACAAAGGAGCAGCUUGACUGGGCGGACCUCCCCACAAUCGAUUUGUCAAAGUAUGCCACAGACGAAGGCCGUGCCGAGCUGGCAGCGACCCUCAUCGACGCGAUCCGCACCAAGGGCUUCUUUUACGUGACCAAUUUCGGCAUCUCGCAGGCAGCCGUCGACCGGCAGUUUGCGCUUGGGCAGGAGUUCUACGAGCUGCCACUCGACGAGAAGUCCAAGUACACGCCCGAUCUCGAGAACGGCGAGUACAACGGGUACCGGCCCGCUGGUCGGCGUGUACUGGCCAACGGUAUCAAGGACAGUAUUGAGGUGUACAACAUUCCCAAGCCCGAGGUGCCGCAGCAGUUCCCGCAGGUCAUUGCCGACAACCUUCCUGAGAUCCACGACUUCCAGCGCCAGCUGCACGAGCAAGUGCUGUACCCGCUCUUCACGCUCAUCGAGACCGCGCUCGAGCUGCCCGCAGGCUACUUUGCCGAUCUGCACCGGUUUGAGAACGCGCAGGAGUCGCAUCUGCGCUACAUGAAGUACAGCCGCCUCUCGGCGGAAGACUACGCGCAGCUCGAGGCGGGCGAUGGGCUCAACACGCAGGGCCACACGGACCUCGGCACAAUCACGCUCCUGUUCCGGCAGCCAGUCGCGGGUCUGCAGAUCAAGGACCACGCGACCGGUGAGUGGAAGUGGGCCAAGCCCCUCGACGCGAGCCUCACCGUCAACACGUGCGAUGCGCUCUCGUUCCUCACCGGCAACUAUGUGCGCUCGACCGUACACCGCGUGCAUGUUCCGCCAAAGGACCAGCGUGGCGUCGACCGUCUGGGCCUGUUGUACUUUGCGCGCCCAGACAACGACCUUGUACUGAAAACUGUCCCGUCCCCGCGUCUCCAGCGCGAGGGUUUCACCACCAACGAGUUUGAACGCAGCGACCUCCCCGUGCCCACCAUGCGUGAAUUCACAAAGGCAAAGCAGACGUGGCAGCAGCAGAAGAGCAGCACCUUCCGUGCCAAGGAGGGCCAGACAAUUGUGCCGGGCUUCAAGGGUCUGUAUCAUGACUAG